AUGUCCUUGUGGUCCAAGGGACUCUUAAGAGUCUUCUCCAGCACCACAGUUCGAAAGCAUUGGAGACAGUCAACAUGCCAGCAGACCCACUUCUUUGAUGAAACAGAAUGCAAGAGACACAGGGGCUACCUCUUGGGAGGAAUGCAUUCUGCAGAGUGGAACCAUCCCUUCCUUUGCCCCUCACUGUUUAGAAACUUAGUAUUCAAUCUGAGCUCCCCACACAAUAAGAUUGAGGCUGAAAUGUCACUUCCCACCACUACUGCUAAGUUGAGCACUGGAGAAGGGCUGUGGUCUGACAGUUGGCAAAUCAUUGGUCUGACACAACAUCUGAGCCUUGCAAGAGUGGAAAGGGGAGCAAGAGAGACACUGAAGCUGACAGGCAGCGCAAGGCGGGGGGCCGAGCUGGGCUCUCUGGAGCAGCAAGAAGACAAGGGUUCCACUUGGCUCUGA